AUGAAUGGCCCAUCUUUGCCAUUGUCCAAGAAAUUGACGCACCUAAAACGAGUCGUUGAAACAACAGCUACAGCAGCAGAGCAAUGCAAGUCUCUCUUAGAACACUGCGCCAAAAUCAAAUCUUUAAGAACCACCAAGGGAGUCCAUGCUCAUACCAUUACACUCGGGCUCCUACAAUCCAUCAACUCGACUCAUUUGCGUUCUCUCCUGACAGCAGCAUAUGCACUCUGUGGUCACACUUCCUAUGCUCCAAAAAUGUUCGAUGAAUUGCCUCAACGAACUUUGCUGUCAUACAGGUCCAUGAUAAGAAUGUACACUCAGAAGGGGUUCCCUAACAUUGCCCUCAAACUCUUCGGGGAAAUGCUGCGAUCGGAUAAACACAAGCCUGAUAGGCAUACAUUUCCUUAUGUGAUUAGGGCGUGCAGUGAUUUGUUCUUACUCCAGCAGGGUGUUGUUAUUCAUGGGUUGACUGUUCUAAGUGGGCAUAUGUGGGAUACUUUUGUGGGAAAUUCACUUUUGUCUAUGUAUUUGAGUUGUGGAGAUAAAGAGGGUGCUAGGAGGGUCUUUGAUGCAAUGCAGGUAAGAACUGUUGUGACCUGGAACACUAUGAUCAGUGGGUAUUGCCGAAAUGAUAGUCCGAAGGAGGCCCUAAUGAUUUACAGGAGAAUGGAAGAUGCUGGUGUUGACGCUGAUUGUGCUACUGUGCUUUCCGUGUUGCCUGCGUGUGGGUGUCUAAAGGACUUUGAAAUUGGCAGAGAGGUUCACUCACUGGUUGAACAAGUAGGUUUUUGGGACAAUUUGUCAGUUCGGAAUGCUGUCGUUGAUAUGUAUGUCAAGUGUGGAAGAAUGGAUGAAGCAAGGUUGGUUUUUGAGAAGAUGAUCGAUAGAGAUGUGGUUACUUGGACUACAAUGAUCCACGGUUUCAUUUCAGAUGGUGACUUAAAAAAUGCACUAUGGUUUUCUCAGAGGAUGCAGCUUGAAGGUGUAAGACCGAAUGCGGUAACUCUAGCAUCCCUUCUUGCUGCAUGUGCCAGUUUGCCACAUUUGAGGCUUGGUAAAUGCCUGCAUGGCUGGGCUAUCAGGCAGGACCUUCAGGCUGAUGUUAAUGUAGAAACUGGCCUUAUUGACAUGUAUGCUAAAUGCAAUUGUUUUAGACUAGGCUAUCAGGUGUUUACAAAGACUAGCAAGAAGAGGACUGUCCCGUGGAAUGCAAUUUUGUCUGGGUGCCUUCAUAAUGAGCUUGCGAGAGAAGCCAUAGAGCUUUUCAAAUUCAUGUUGUCAGAGGCUGUCAAACCUAAUGAUGCAACCCUGAAAAGUGUACUUCCUGCAUUUGCCAUUGAAGCUGAUCUAAGGCAAGCGUUGAGCAUGCACAGCUAUCUUGUAAGAUCUGGAUUUGUUACAAGAACUGAGGUAGCUACUGCUUUAGUUGAUAUAUACUCGAAAUGUGGAAAUUUAGAUAAUAGUCACAAGGUUUUUAGUGGGAUACCCAAGAAAGAAAAGGACAUAAUCUUAUGGAGUACGUUAAUUGCUGGUUAUGGGAUGCAUGGGCAUGGCGAAACUUCUUUGUCAUUGUUUAAUGAGAUGGUGCAAUCUGGGGUCAAACCUAACGAAGUCACUUUCACCUCGGUUUUGCAUGCUUGUGGACAUGCUGGUUUGGUGGAUGACGGUCUUUGUUUGUUCAAUUUUAUGCUUAGAAAUCACUCUGGUAGUCUUAGAACAGAUCAUUAUACCUGUAUGGUUGAUCUUCUUGGUCGAGCUGGCCGACUUGAGGAGGCAUAUGAACUUAUUCAAACUAUGACUUUUGAACCAAGUCAUGCCAUCUGGGGUGCACUACUUGGUGCCUGUGUGAUACAUGAAAAUGUGGAACUGGGAGAAUUGUCUGCAAGGUGGCUGUUUAAGCUGGAGCCGGAGAACACAGGAAACUAUAUACUGUUGGGAAAGAUCUAUUCUGCAGUUGGAAGAUGGAAAGAUGCAGAGAACGUGAGACUUUUGAUGAAUGAAGUCGGACUGAUAAAGGCGCCAGCUCAAAGUGUCAUUGGGUGA